AUGAUGCUGAUGCUUUCUCUUCCUUUCGUUUUCCACCACGCGCACAGUUUGGGUGAACUUGCGCAAGUGCAGGUUGAGAAAAGUCUGCGGAAAGUCUGCGCGCCUCCACUCGCACCUCCUGCAGCGGGGAGGAGGCGCAGGGAAACCCAUGACUUCCGCCUCUUUCCUCCGCCCGCCUGCCACUAUAAAAGCGCACGCAGCCGGCGGCGGCUUCCACCUUUGCGGUGGAUGUCAGACUCGGACAUGGUCACGCUGCGCACUGACACCGUGAUGGACGCGGAGGCUCAGAGGGAGGUCGGCCCCGGCACCGGCCGGGGGCGCGCCGGCUGCGUGCAGCUGUUUCUGCUCGUGGCCGUGAUCUUGCUCUUCCUGGCGGUGUCGGCGGUGGCUGCCGGCGGGGUUCUGGUGGUGAUGGAGCUCCGACACGAACUGGAAACCUCUCGAACGACGUUCAAGUCCGAAACAGCGGAGAAAUCCACGGGAGAGCCAGAAGCGCCGCCGGCCUACAAGAUGCAGAACUUUGCCUACCUGCGGGCCACCUUCAGUGAGUUGCAGACCUCCACCAUGACCUGGGCUCCUGUUCAUUACGGUGAAGGCAUUUCUGUAGGAAGCCACUUCAUCUAUGACAAAGACCAGCAUUAUCUGCAUCCCAAAAGAGAGGGAACCUACUUCAUAUAUCUUGAUCUACACUUCAAUUGCACCUACAAUUGCAAUGAAGGCCACAUCAGCAUGCAUGUGGGUGACAAGCUCAGCUGUGAGGUGCGGCUUCCUGCUGUGGCAGAUGAACGACCUGUGAGCAAGAAGUGCUGGACUGUGACCUGGAUGGAUGGGACAACAAAACUGUCCGGUCAAAUGACUGUACGCCCAGAUGGACCGAAAAACUGGAAGCUGGACGUAAAAAGAUCAGGAUUAGGGAUGAUCCUCGUGGACUAAGGUGGGAUCUGUAGUACCACCACUGUCUAACAUGACCUCAGUACACAGAAAAGUGUGUAUUUUUCUGAAAUCCAGUAGGUGAAAUUGCACCAGCACAAGUGCUGUUUUCAAGGCUUUGCACAGACUUUUUAUGAACUGAAGAUUUAACAAUCUGAAGCUCACGAUGUAAAGUGGACUCUGAGGAUAAGUUCUGAUUGUCUAAACAUGGAAUGGACACAUGCCUGUACACCUCAGUUUUAAAUAUGUAUUAUGCUAAUCUAUAUUUGAUAUUUAUUUGGUGAUCUAUUUAUGUUUCAAACACUGUUAUUUUUAAACAGACUUUUGUCUUUAUGCAGGUACCACUACAUUAGUGUUGAUGUGCAAUAUACUGUAUGUUUAUUUGACCUACAAAGACUUAAAUGCUGUUUUCAUUUCAUAAAUGUUGGGGCCAUGCACUGUUUAAAAAAAUAACUUGGUUUUAUGAGGAAAAUCCUGGCAGCUAUGGCUGCCAGAAAAAUUGUGGUAAAACAAAAUGGGGGGCAGUAAAAAAUAUGUAAAUACACUUUCAGAAAAUACUGCAAAAUUUUAUGGUAUAAAAUAGUUAUAAUGCAAAAAAAAAAAAAAAAAUACAGGGAGAAUGGGCUCAAGACACCUUUGGCCUGUUUGGGAAGUAAGCACUGCUUGGGCCACCUAUUGGUCACAUGGUGUAAAUUAGUCUGAAAUUGGUGUGUGUGUGUGUGUGUAUUACCUACCUAAUUGUAAACACAUGAUUUUUUUUUUUUUUUUCAGAACUCCUCAUCUUAACAUAUUUGUACAAAGACAGUGAAAGUAUUUUCAUAUGUCAAUAUGAUGUACAAUUCAUUAUAUUUUCAGAGUAGGUCUUGUAUGGUGAAAACCUCCCAAGCAAAAUGUCCCAGGUCCAAGGCCGAUUCUCCUAAUAUAGCUAGAGAUGUGUUAGAAGAAGCAGAAUAACAUGAAUCCAAUGCCAAACCUCCUGUGGUGGCCAAAAGCAAAAUGGGAGCAGCACAACAGCAUACAAUGAGUCAAUACUGCAUUUAAAUUCUCAAGAAAUAAUUCAUUUAAAAACAGUAUGAUAAUAUAUUACUGGUAUAAAAUGUGUAUAUAUUUUUUUGUUAAUUACAACAGCUUUAUACCAAAAACAAUUGACAGGUUGUUCUGUUAAGGUCCAAGUAUUUACAUAUUUUUACUGUUGGUUUACUCUGUAAAGCCUAUAAAAAUGACAUGUAAUGUUUGUCUUUUAUCAUGCUCAAAACCCUCAAUAAGCUCCUCAGUGAUGAUGUUUAAUUAUACUGUAGUUGUCAUUUUCAAAAUCUCAUGACAAUGUGAUUGAGUUUGCAAAAUUAAGUUAAAAAUGUUUUUGCAAAUGUAAGUCUUGUGGACAAACUAUGUUGCUGAAUGUAUUAUUGAUGUAAUUAAAGUAUAACGUGUGUAAA